AUGGUUCGUUCAACUAGUGGCUGCACAAACUGCAAGCGCCGCAAGCGAAAAUGUGACGAAGUACGUCCGGAAUGUGGGCUUUGCAGACGCCGCGGUAUCAAAUGCGACGGCUACGUGGCCACCGUUAGAUGGGCAAACGGUGUUGCCUCGAGAGGCCAGUUUAGCGGUGCCACCAUCCCAGACAAGGCAGCCUUGGAGAAACACACAAACCGCUCUAAUGGGCUGGCCAACAUCGAACCGCCAUCACCAGAUAACGAUAACACAACAGAGGCUCCACCGCCUCCUGGUACAUCGAACCAAGAGUGGCAGGAGUAUAGAAAAUUCUUGACCUCAGGGCUAUGCCGUUUGUACAGUACCGAGGUCCAGUCAUGGAUGCAACCCUUCUUCGAGGAAGUAGCCAUGGAAAGCCGGGCGUUGGUCCUCGUUGGCGGGGCCCUUCAACGAUUUCUUGAAGACAACCACGGCUACCCGUUGGCCCAAUCACUAGAGGCCAUCGGUCUCGCCCUGCAGACUUUCCGUACUGAGCUUGAAAGUCGGCAUAAUGCUAUUCAGGUUGGGACCAUCUGUGCAGGCAUAUUGAUUUGUACCAUUCAUCCUGUAAUGCAGACUAACAGAUAUGAUACACUAGUCCCUUCAGGCAAGCCCUUGCACAACACAGAUUCAGCUUCUCGCCAGUCUUUGCAAUAUUCCAACAUCAAUUCCUACUCUCAGUCCCUCCCCGGAACAUCAUCUGCCGACACGGCGCGUGCUUGA